UCUGAGUUCAUGGCGGUUCAGGUUCAGGGACCUGAUCCCAAGCCUGGAGUAGCUCCCCGUGGAUGCUGAGUCAUGACUGUAUUGGUUUGAAGCCCAGAAAUUCAAGAACAUCCUGAGUAUCUGGCAAAGAGUUCCUUAUUUAACUAUCACUCUCAAAUUUGUUCGCCUGGGCCCCAUCGUUUCAUAGUCAAAAUUGUUAAACAUUGUGACCGACGUGACAGAAACAUAUCUUUGUCACGUGCCAAACAAGUCUUUUCUGACUGAGACACAUGAAGGCUGUGACUGGCAGUGCUUAGGCCAGGACUGGCAGUGUGGAGGGCACUAUUUAACCGGCACCUCCCAUGGGUGGGGCUUUUGUGCUCAUAUGUGAGUAGUCGGAAGGAACAGAAGAAAAACAUCUAAUGUAACCCAAUGAAUCACUGAAGCGAGCUACCAGCUGCCCUCUGGAGAGACAGCUUUCAAGGAAGGUCCAGCACUGUUGCAGAAUUUGGAAAAGACCGCUUUGCAGAAGCAGCUCAAAGCCACAGACACAAAGGGAGCUGUGUGGCGUCAGCCCCCUGGUGUCUAGCCUUGGCCCUGAGACUCGGUGACUUCAGGGAGUGCCCAGGACAACAGUGAUCACCGCAUCAAGCAGAGGUGCCAAUUAGAAGAACUUUCCAGGGAAUAAUUCAGCCUCUAGUGAAUAGUACCGAAUAACUACAACUUCUGCAAAGUAGUUCACUUGGGAACUAAUUAGAAGUUUUUCUCCACAAGUAAUGAAUCACUUUCUUAACUGUUCUGUUGACAAAUGUAAUACAUGCUAACUGUAAUCACACACACACACACACACACACACACACACACACACACACACACGAGUUUGGAAAGGAAAAGCCAGAUGAUUUCACACACAUCUGUCAUCACACGACUCAGAGGGUGGAGGCAGGAGGAUCCCAGUGAGUUCAAGGCCAACCUGGGCUACAAAGUGACUUCAAGGCCAGCCAAAAGUGCAUAGUGGAGGAACAAAGAAAGAAAGUAAAACUCAACUGCUAUUUCAUCAUUAAAAGUAACCACACUGAAAGUGUGGCAUAUUUGUGGAUAAAUAAGCCAAUUCCUGCUUACUACUUUAAACGACGAUUGGAACGUGAUACCCAAGGCAUGUUUUUGGUUAUCAUCAUUCUAUUGUUAGUGGUUUAGGAAAGACUUCAGCUAUCCAGAUGGCCAAAUAAGUUCCCGGAAAUUUUCUUUCAGUAUGUUUGGUUUGAUCCUACAUAUUUCGUGAACACGUUGUAAACCAUUCAUAUACAAAGAACCCUUCCUGUGUAUAGUAGUCCUUUAGACACUUCUUUCAUGCUUCUACUGAGAUACACAACAAGAGCUGAACAAGUCCGUGUUGAUCGCCCAUCCUGUUUCGAUUCACUCAACAGUGAUUAUUCGCAUCUCAAACUUACCCAAGAGCGGCUGUUCCGGGCACACCCCUGGGUGGGCACCACCAGGAAGCUGCACUCCUGACUGCACGCCCGGGCCUGGAGAGUAUGGGGCUGGGCUUGGCCACAGCCACUUCCUCCCCAAGAACCCGGUUGGGGGGCAUUGGUUGGAGGCAGGGACCAUGGGCCAGCACAGCGCCCAAGGCCUGGCUCCCCCUGUGGGCGUUACAGGUCCAGCAGCUCCAAGAGGCGUCCAGAUCCCAGACAGGGCCUCUUCCCCACCACGCCCAGCCCCGUCCCGUCCUGCACAGUCCAGCACCAGGCAUUCACACAAGAAACGGCUUUGAUGCUCCUAACCUGCCAGGCCUUGUCCUGUGCCAUCCCACCCAGCGGCUCCGGAGGGCCCCAUAGAUUUUGCCACUACAGAGCAUGACCUCUGGAACUCCUCAGUGCCCGGUAACCCAAGGGCAUCUCUGGACCCAAGGGCUGAGCCAGCUUGGAGGGGACCCCACGCCUGAAGGUCCAUUGCGCAUGGGCACUGGGCGUGGGGGGGGGCGUUCUGGACGGGGCUCUGUGAGGAAAGCCCCGUUGCCUGGCAACCAAAGAGCAGUUUAGGCCUGAAGGCCAGUUUGGCGGGAAAUCCGCUCGCGCGCGCAUGAGCGCACACACAGGUACGCACGCACACACGCACACAUACACGAGAGCCACCUUGCGCAGGCGCUAUAGGCAUCACCAGGUGCAUUGUGGGCGGUGAAAGGGGCGGAGCUUCACAGAGGCCUACUUAGUCCGUCCUAAUCCAGGCAGCGUCUGAGGGGAAGAGGUCCGGCAGCCAUGCAGUCCUCUGGCAGUGCUGAGGGCGGAGCGGACGGCCACAGGAGUGACCAGGCUGGCGCAGGUGUCUCCGGGGACGAGGGAGCCUACGCUGCAACCAUUUUGCGGAUCGUCCAGAUACCCCAUGGCCCGUGGCCCUUUGGGGACAUUGUGCUCUUGGUCAGCAGGACAGGGACCGGUCUACAUGAAUUCAAGGUCAGGGUGCCUUUCUGGUCCUCCCUGGAGGCUGAGGUCAGCCUAAGGUACCUGGCUGAUUUCGGGGAGAGCCCUGACCUUCACCGGGUGCUCACCAGGGACCGCAGCGUCCUGACUGUGAGAUGGGUCGCCCAGGACCGUGGCCACCUCCAGAUAGUGUUCACCCAGUUCCUGGAGGAACUUGCCCUGCUCUUGCGGAUCCUGCAGCGCUUGAAGCCCUUGUUUCCGGCCUCUUCUCUUCUGGCAAAAGGGGGCUGAAGCCCAUACCACAUUGAGCGUGUGGCACUGAAAAAAAUAAAGCUGAGCAACCUUUCUG